UAAUUGGAUAAAAUAUGCAGUUACCUCAGAAUGUCUUGUGAAAAGCAAUGAAUAUGUCAGAAAAGGUGGAUGUGAUUUACUGGGACAGUAUCUCUCUGUUACUUCCAGUAACCUGCUGCUGUGUGACAGUUUGCCCCUGUGGCUCUUAGUCCUGCUCUCGCCUGUCUUGGUGGCUUCAUGGGGCAUUAUGAGCUCUGGCUGCUUACUAGAAACAUAGACCAUACAAAGGACAUGAACUGAAUGUGGACGCCCAUAGACAAUAGUAUAAGCUGUCUGUGUCUGGGGGCCUUUCUUACUAGAUACAUAGACCAUACGAAAGGACAUGAACUGAACAUGGAUGCCCAUAGACAAUAGUAUAAGCUGUCUGUGUCUGGGGCCCUUUCUUACUAGAAACAUAGACCAUACGAAAGGACAUGAACUGAAUGUGGACGCCCAUAGACAAUAGUAUAAGCUGUCUGUGUCUGGGGCCCCUUUCUUACUAGAAACAUAGACCAUACGAAAGGACAUGAACUGAACAUGGACGCCCAUAGACAAUGGUAUAAGCUGUCUGUGUCUGGGGCCCUUUCUUACUAGAAACAUAGACCAUACGAAAGGACAUGAACUGAACAUGGAUGCCCAUAGACAAUAGUAUAAGCUGUCUGUGUCUGGGGCCCUUUCUUACUAGAAACAUAGACCAUACGAAAGGACAUGAACUGAAUGUGGACGCCCAUAGACAAUAGUAUAAGCUGUCUGUGUCUGGGGCCCCUUUCUUACUAGAAACAUAGACCAUACGAAAGGACAUGAACUGAACAUGGACGCCCAUAGACAAUGGUAUAAGCUGUCUGUGUCUGGGGCCCUUUCUUACUAGAAACAUAGACCAUACGAAAGGACAUGAACUGAAUGUGGACGCCCAUAGACAAUAGUAUAAGCUGUCUGUGUCUGGGGCCCCUUUCUUACUAGAAACAUAGACCAUACGAAAGGACAUGAACUGAACAUGGACGCCCAUAGACAAUGGUAUAAGCUGUCUGUGUCUGGGGCCCUUUCUUACUAGAAACAUAGACCAUACGAAAGGACAUGAACUGAAUGUGGACGCCCAUAGACAAUGGUAUAAGCUAUUAUACUAUAUAGGGCCCCUUUCCCCAGCCAUGGAAACAGCUUUAAAGGGACGGUCACAAUGAUCUGGUUUGGGAAAGUAGACAAGGCACUGUGGUCACGCAUUUAUUUUACCGAGAAUGUCAUGUCGCGGCAGGUCCUUCUCCUGGCGAAAUAGCCUGAAGCGGAACUCCGAUAGGAAGGUUGUCACAAUGAUGUCUAUGUCUGCCAUCCUGAGCCGCGUCACCGCUCACAAAAUCAGCAAAACCAUCACGUUUUUAUUGAAUGAAUUCGUGGGGUUGAGUAGGCCACCACAGGGUGGCUCCAAACCCUUGCUGCUGCUGCUGCCCUGGCUGGGAUCUCAGCCUCGGGGCUUGGCCAAAUACUGUGACAUAUACCUGCGUAACGGCUUUGAUGUGCUCAACGUGGAGAGCCGGGUCAGCCAGUUCCUUUGGCCGAAAUGGGGCCUUGACUAUGGCAUGAAGGUCCUGGAGGUGCUGCAGAGCGACAGGUUUGUGUGGCGCCCCCUGCUGGUGCAUGCUUUCUCAGUAGGGGGCUACACCUUCAGCCAGCUGCUGGUCCACAUCUGCAGAAAUCCCGGCCAGUAUGACGGCCUGAUUCGCAGGCUCCGUGGGCAGGUUUACGACAGCCUGGUGAUGGGUUCCCUGGAUCGCAUGGCCGUAGGUCUGGGGAGGAGUUUGCUUCCCCAGGGGGAGAGCCUUGUGCGGGCGGCCAGCAUGCUGUACUUUCGAGCUUUCAAGAGACACACGGUGGAUUACUUUAACACCAACAUCGACAUCUUCUGGCACCGCCCCAUUCAGGCACCUGCUCUCUUCUUCUCCUCUGAGAAUGACCCAAUGUGUGACCAUCUCAAGAUGAAGGAGAUGAUUGAGGACUGGCGAAAGCAAGGCGUGAGGGUGGACUGCAAGGCGUGGAAGGACUCCACCCAUGCAGGACACCUGCGAGAUCACCCUCAGGAGUACCUCUCCACGCUUCAGGAGUUCAUACAUUCUCUCAGCAUGGUUCCCCUCAAAGCCAAAAUGUGAGACCACCUGCUGAAAAUAAACACUGAACCUGCGUUUUUCCCUUCAGGUAGUAACUGAUAAGUACAGGGGAAACGAUGCUAAAAUGUUCUGUUUUGUCCUAUGGCCCAUAUUUUGUUUACACUCAAAAAAGAUACGCGAACAACUGGACUAUUUUCCGACUAUUUUCUGAAGUGGAUGUAUGUUUGUUUGUUUGAAUGGCAUUUUGUUUAUUUUGUAAGUAUGAUGCGGUGGGGCCCUGUAUUGUAUAAGCAGUACAUGCUGACCACACAGACACACGCCUGUCUGUAGGUGUGAUACCACAGUGCUUCCUGGUUUUAUGUAUGGGCUACAGGUGAAGCUUGGAAACAUUUAUUUCAUGAAAAAUUUCAAUUGUAACAAAUUGCAACUACCAACUUGCGAUUGAUGGUAUGAUGUCAUUGAUGUGAUGUGUAAAUGAGCGAUAAAAACCCAACACACAAAUGUCACAACCAAACUUUUUUUGUGGGGAUGCCCUGUGUCGCCUAAGUAAGAUGUUACCCAAACCUGAAUCUGCCAGAUGUAACUGAAUGACCACAGACAACCACUGGUUUCAACAAAAAGACAUUUAUCGACACACAGUAAACAUUACAUAACUGCUAAAGCUUAAACUUAUAUAUAGUGAUUAUAAACAUAAAACAGAGAGUGGGUGUGAUGGUGGGGUAGGUACCCCUAUACUGCCAGCUUUCCCCCUAUACUGCCAGCUUUCGACACCAUACUGCCCCCAUGCUGCCAGCCUUUUGUGGAUACUGCUUUUGUACCAAAUCAUAAUUACAAUCCCCUGUUGGCAUCACCUGCUUUAAAUCACAUAUUUUUUUCUACCUCAUUACCAGCCCUAAACUGCUCCUGUCCCAACUUUUUUAGGAAUGUGUUGCAGGCCUGAAAUACAGGAAUGGAUGUAUAUUAACAAAGGAAA